AUGUCUCAUUCAACUAAUUCGCAAUUCAGCUUUGAUCUCGAUGAUGGUGCAUCAGACGUGUGCAGCAAAGAUCUGUUAUCUCCGGGUAUGAUGUUGUCACCAGCGCCAUAUUCUCCUUUCUCGGAUUGUGAAGAUACCGAAACACCGUACUCCAUCUAUGCUCGUUCACCAAAUCUAUCCCCAAACCCGCUUACGCGGAGUUUUAAUCAUUUUAGUUUUGAUCAAAUACGAAGCAGCAGUUCGAUGUCAAAUCGAACGCAUAAUCUUAUGGUCCCCGAAUCGCAUACGUUGGAUCCUGAAUCGAGAGAACGAAGCCGAUCUGAUAGUGAUAUGUCGCCUAAGGAAGAGCGUAUGGACACAUCGCUUCAAUCAACAAUCUCAGUUCCUGCAGCAACAUCCAGGCGUCUUUCCUCUACAGGACAAUAUAAGAAGCGUCUCCUCCAGAAGUAUCAAGAAGAGCAGGAGGAGCGAUUAGCAUCAAAGCAUCGUAGCAGUAGCAGCCCACCGCCAAGUGCUACGGAAUCUGAGAUUGAUGAUUUGGACCUGCGCAGU